AGUUUAAGACUAGUUAAAAUCUUGUUUCUCGUUUGUUUUCCUGUAUGUAUUUUUUGUUUGCUCCAAAAGUAUACAAUUCCCGAUAAGGUAUAAAAGCAGUAAUUGUAUGGUAAUACUAACACAGUGGUGUGCUGCCACCUAGUGAGUCAAACUGAUAUUAAACAAAUGUACUCAUUGUUGCCCCGCCCACUUGUUACGUUAGUUAUUGCGGAAGUAACCCGGAACUUUAUCAAGCCAGCGAUUGUUAGCCGGGUUAUAGCAUAGAGAUACAAAUCUUUUAGGUACCCGCUAUACAUUGAGUUCAAGUUGAACCCUUAGUGCUCUUGACUAAUGUUAAUCGAGCCGGUGAUAAUUUGUUAUGAGCUGGCUGAUUGAAUGGAAGAAAGCGACCUAAGGAACCGAGCCGAUCGGGGUGAAUCCGUGCCAGAUCGAGACACGAGAGACAGCAGCACCCAGACUGACAGCAAAGUGCAAGGUCAUGGCCCCAGGUUAUCAAAGGUAAACCUGUUUACCUUAUUGAGCUUGUGGAUGGAGCUUUUUCCUCAGGAGCAACCUGAAGAGGAGGACCACAGUCAGAUCCACGGGGUGGGCCUGGUGGUGGUGCAGGACAGUAAGGUGGUGGGACUCCACUGUUCAGGAGCUGAGCUCCAUGCAGGACAGGCAGCCAUUAUCCAACAUGGCACCCGCCUAGCCGGCUGUCAGCUGUACUUCUCUAGGAGACCCUGCGCUACCUGCCUCAAGAUGAUCAUCAACGCUGGAGUCAGUCAGAUCUCCUUCUGGCCCGGAGACCCUGAGGUCAGCAUGCUGAGGUCCACCUCUACGACUCAUUCAAACUCUCACUCACGCAGUCUACCUGACUGCACCAUGGAGGAGGCCACACUGGACGCCAUAGUAACAGAGAGGCUGAAAUCCAACAGCCGUCCUCAUAUCUGUGUGCUGCUGCAGCCACUGGCGCCUGGCCUGGCACAGUCUGUCAGCGAAACAUCCAGAGAGUGUGAUUUCAUGGAGAGAGUGACUGAUGAUGAACCAGCAUUGAAUGCAGAGGAGCUCUUCAACAGAGAGCGAAUAAGACACCUGAAGGAUUUCUCCAGACAGUUCCUGGUCGCACCGUCUCAGCAGCACCGAGAGAUUUUGACCCAUAUGCAUCUGGAGAACUUCUGUGUGGAGCCCUACUUUUCCAACCUCAGACACAACAUGAGGGAGCUGGUGGAGGUUCUGGCUGCAGUGGCUGCUGGGGUGCCACAGCGACACCACGGCUUCUACAGGGAACAGUCUUCAACCCCUGAGUCAUCACAGGCCAAGUCUUCACUGCCCCCUCAUCAUGAGGGUCUAUCCCAACAAGUGGCAUGUCAUUUUAUUAUCCAAGCCAGACUGCUGGCCUAUAGAACAGAGGACCCUAAAGUGGGUGUGGGUGCUGUUAUCUGGGCUAAAGGACAGUCGCCUGGCUUUGAAGGAACGGGGGGUAUGUACCUGGUGGGCUGUGGGUACAACGCUUACCCGGUAGGCUCCAAGUACGCCGAGUACCCACAGAUGGACAGAAAGCAGGAGGACAGACAGAGACGCAAAUACAGAUAUAUUAUCCACGCAGAGCAGAACGCGAUCACCUUCAGGGCUCGAGACAUCAAACCGGGGAAGCCCACAAUGAUGUUUGUAACUAAAUGUCCGUGUGACGAAUGUGUGCCACUGAUCAGAGGAGCUGGCAUCUCACACAUCUACACCAAUGACCAGGACAGGGACAAAGACAAGGGAGAUAUUUCGUACCUGAAGUUCAGCAGUUUGAAGGAUGUCACGAAGUUCAUAUGGCAGAGGAGCCCCUCAGUUUGCUCACCGUCCUCUCCUCACAUUGCCAAUGGUUAUGUUGGGAAGCACAGCAGGCAGACUGAGCAGGAGAGCCGGAGCAACAAGAAGCUGUGCAACAGAUCCCACAACUCACCUACUGUCAGCUGAACAUCAGCUAUGGACGGCUGAAUAAGUGGAUAUACCAGAAACUACAGAAUCAUGUUUUUAACUUGUGUGCCACAGAUGUGAUAUUUUAUAGCUGCAUAAAUACAGCUAGAACUGGGAGAAAUUGGAUAUUAGUCCUCUCCUCCCUCAGGAUCAAAUCUGUGCCACACACAGUUUCACAUUAUUUGCACUUUACUGCAGGGCCAUUUUUGGAAAACUGAUCAUUAGUAUGUUAGUUUAUCAGGACACAGUGUCUUCCCUGUUUCCCUCCUGCAGACUGUAUAAUGUGCUGCUGAGUGUUUAUGUUCUACACCAUGCUGAGUGAUAACAGACCAGCUGUAGCCAGAUCUGGCAGUUUUCAGUUGAAGAACUGAAAACUGGGCUGUUUUAAAUAAAUAGGAACAUUAGUGGUGUGUGAUUGGAGGAGAGUCAACCAAGUGCUUUAAGGCUCAAAGAAGGGAGAGCCCUCCUUAAAACACUCUAUCUGAAACUUUCCUCCCACUUUGUUGUUUAUAAGUCUCAUUAUUAAUAAAUCACUGGCAGCGAGUCAGAGAGAACAAGCUGAAAAGCUUCUGCACACGCUGACCUUAAAGGGAAUCCUCGAAGGAGGGAUGUAUGGAUGGAGGAAUGAGGUAAAGAGAUGUAUGGACACAACAAGGGCUGGACGAUUCUUAAAUGAAAGAAAAGAGAGUAGGUAGUAAAGAUACCACAAAAAUAUAUUUUUAAAUAAGUGGCAAAUGUGGAGUUUAAUUGGUACACGGUGUUGGAUGUACUGUCUGUAUGGUUACGGAUGUAGCUCCCGUUGACCUGAAAUGCAAAAUGCACUCAGUUUGCAUCUCAUCUCAGGCUUGAAAGAAUGAAAAACCUACUUAUUAUACUUGGUACAGACGAAGAAGCAGCCACACAAGGAGGUACAAGACUGAUGAUCCAGAUGAAAGUGUGCUUCAGUAUUAAGACACCUAACAGUUCAGUAUUAAUAACUUUACGGCAAAUGACCACACACACACACCCACACAAACACAACAUGCAUUCCCAUCUUUUUAUUUGCUGUGAAUGUGGUACAAUAGCAUCAGUGUGGAAAAUAAAAUAUCUGCUCUUGGAGAGGA